GAUAACAGCGAGUUGGUAACGACAGUGAGACGAGGUCGUGUGGAUGAACUAACUAAUAUUUUUUUUUAAAUAAUUUUAGCGAGGAUUUUAAACCAAAACGAAUCAACGUGAGACCAAGGGAAAUCCACCGAGGCAAUCAUCAAAAGCCAGGAAGAUUUCAACACAGCCAUGCCCACCCUUUGAAUGUUACAAUGGGUCAAUCUGGGAUGUUGUCUCUCCUCGUUGGUGUUUUCCUGGUAUUCAGUGGCGCUAUGUGUUGGGAGCCUGAGGAAGGAGCAGGUUUCUCUGCUGGUGCUCUCGACUUGCCAUGGCAGGACCAACUGUGCUGUGACUCAGCCUCAGCGCCAGAGGGGCAGGAGGACGGCACACCUGCACAUGAGACAAACCGUUCUGUGUCAAACCUCCCACGACAUCCUAACUGCUACUACAAAAGCACGGCUACAGGCUCAAGCCUACAUAAGACCUCUGGAGGCACUUGUUUGAACAUGCGGUGCAGGAUUGAUGAAAACUGGGAAACUUUGACUUGUGAUCUUGGGUCUUCCAGAACACUAUCAGGCACGUUGAACGCUGCUCCUGUGGCAGUUAGCCUGCAGCGCUUUUUGUUUCAAGAAAAUGAUAAUGUAGUCAACAGGACCAUGGAAUCUUUUACACCCGUUGUCUGUGAAGCAAAGGAUUCCUGCAUGUGUUCAAUUCCACUUGAUACCACAAGUUUUGUUACUAUGGUAACUGUCAAAAUCCCUGGCUCUGAAGCUAAACCAGUUUUUCUCAAUGCACCAGCUCGACCUGUGAAACCCAGGCCUCCUGUAAACCUCUCACAUUUCCACACCAUUGAGCCAAACCUGAUUUUACAGUGGGACGAACCAACAGAUUAUAGUUCUGGCCCUUUAAGAUAUGAGGUCCGGUACUCAAACGUCACCAACCCGUCAUGGCAGGUGGUUUCUACAGGCCAGGAUCGCAAGCUGAUUCUGGAUCUGAAGCCCAAAGUCAACUACAUUAUGCAAAUUCACUGCUCGGCCCUGCAUGACCCUCCCCUGUGGAGCAACUGGAGUGAACCGUACAACAUCUACCUUGAUACGGUGAGCUACAUCCCUGAAAAAGUUGUGGCCCGCCCAGGAGAGAACGUAAGCAUUCAUUGCGUGUUCAACGAUCACAGCAUCAACGCCAGCUCUGCCAUGUGGAUGCUGAACUUCCAACAGCCUCUCCUUCCCAGCCAGUACCACCCAGUUAAUCAAUGGGUCAGCCAAAUCACCGUUCGUCUGUCAGACUCUGGCUUGUAUGACUUGCUUCAGUGUACCGCUACAAAGGAAUGGACCAUCCCUUACAGCCUGAUCUACGUAGAAGGAGCUUCUAUUGACAUCAGCUGUGAAACAAGUGGUGAUAUUGACGCGAUGGACUGUAGCUGGAAAAACACACUAUGGAUCAAACCCACAUUCCAAUCCAGAUGGGCUGACCUUCCAUGUGACAUGAUGGAGGAGAAAGAGAGAAACGGUGAGCGGGUUGGAGAGAUGGGGCCUAAAUGUCUGCCAGUCCGAUCUAAACCACAAGCCUGCUCCAUCCAGCCUAUACGAAUGACCUGCUACAAGCUGUGGCUGGAGGUGCAGUCCCAUCAGGGUCCUAUCAGGUCCAAACCCAUCUACAUAUCACCUAUAGAUCACGUCAAGCCUCACUCACCGACUAAUGUGAAGGCUGUGACUCUGAGAAGUGGGGUCCUGAGGAUCACAUGGGAGCGUCCAUCUUUGCCUGUGCAGGAGCUGGAGUAUCAGUUUCGUCUCCGCUCACCAUCUACCAUCACAGCUCAGCAAGAAUGGAAGGUGUAUAAUCGAGUGCGGGUGCCGUGGGCAGAGGUUUCGGUUCAGGAUAUGUGCCGUGUCUCUGUGGUUCAGGUGCGGUGCAUGCCCACCAACCGCACCGGCUACUGGAGUGACUGGAGCGACUCUGUCUUUUCUGUACCCCAAAACAGUAGAGCUCCUGAACAUGGGCCUGAUUUUUGGAGAAUUCUUCAAGAUGAUCCGCUCUCAAACCGGACAAAUGUUACUCUGCUGCUUAAGCAUCUUCCAACAAUGGGCCGCUCCUACUGCAUAAAUGGAUUUAUAGUCCAGCAGCGGACUUCAAGAGGUAUUCUGAAGAGCGAGACAAUUGAGCCGGCAUCCUCGUACAGCUUCGAGUGGGACCAAGAUGUCCAAACUGUGACGGUGGAGGCUUUCAACAGUUUGGGGAGGUCUAAAAACAACAUCAACAUGACACUGGAGAGAAGACCAAAACGCCGCUGCGUGCGUUCUUUCCACGUGCUGUUUGUCAACAGCUCCUAUGUGUCUCUGCAUUGGAGCCUUCUGGACCACAGCGUUGCUCCACUCUUCAUGGUAGUCCAGUGGGCAACACAGGGGAAAAAGGACUCUGACCCUAACAAAUUCCACAGUGGACACACAUGGACCAGGGUGCCUUUUACUGAACGUCCUGCCUACCUCAAAGGUGAUUUUCAUUCCACGGUGGAGUAUGGCUUCUACUUAUAUCCUGUGUUUGCGGGAGGAGAGGGCGAGCCUGCCUUCACAAUAGCCACUAGAGGAGACCCUGCAACUUACAUGACACUGCUGAUCAUCGUCCUUCUCUGCAUCCUCCUCUUCUUCACCCUCGUUCUCUCCCAAAACCAGAUGAAAAGGUUUGUUUGGAAGGAUGUGCCCAACCCAAAGAAAUGUUCCUGGGCAAAAGGCCUCAACUUCAAGAAGGCUGACACCUUCGAGCAGCUGUUCCAGGUCUCAGAUGCGCUGCCAGCCUGGCCGCUGCUGCUGCCCUCAGAAAACAUUUCCACGGUGGUCAUCGUGGACAAGAACGACCUCUCAGCUCUCAGCACAGCUUUGGUCCGCAACCCGCUGAUGUCCCCGACUUCAGACCUUGUCUCCCUUCCUUCUUUUCUGGAGAGCAACACGAGCGGGUCGGCGGGUGACGUUCCCCCCACAGCGCCGGGUCUUUUAAACCCUCCCGGCCCGAAGAUGGAGUUGCUGCUCGCCGAUACCUCUCGGGGUUCAGCCCAGUCUUCGGUAACGUACUCCACGGUGCUGCUCACCGACCCCAAGCAGAAGCGACGGUCCAUCCUCGACCAGGACGGCAGCGGCAGCAGCUCCAGCGACGAGGGCAACUUCUCCGCCAACAACUCAGACAUUUCCGGCUCGUUCCCCGGCGGCCUGUGGGAGCUGGAGAGCUGUCACGGCGGCGAGUCGGACGACCCGCGGCGAUCCUGCUCCUACAACUCUGUGGAUGAACUUUCUGAAACGUCGGAUCGAGAAGACGACGUGACAGAAGGAAAGGACUUGUUUUACUUGGGGACAGACUAUCCGACUGAGGAUGAGGCCGAGCAGAAAGAAGAGCUGCUGAAACACGCCAUGUCCAACGGAGAGUCCACCGAACUUACUCCCGCGUCCUCCUGCGGCUUCCCACCGCUCUAUCUGCCUCAGUUCAGAACUGCUCCUCACACCAGGAAGCUGGCAGAUUAGCAAGCUCACACACAGCUUUGCAUUACAUCUCUUGUGUUGUGAACCGCGUCAUCAGGAAAGACUUUCAAAGGGAAAUCAGUUCCUGCGGACACAUUGAGUGUCGAAAAGCUUUAAACGGUGUUUAACUCCAUCAAUGCUGCUAUUUCUUGUUCAGUGGGAGGUAAAGACCCGCACUAAUAGUACAUGUUUUCUUGUAGACUAAAGGUACACUAUAUUGCCAAAAGUAUUUGGCCACCCAUCCAAAUGAUGAGAACCAGGUGUCCUAAUCACUUGGCCACGGUGUAUAAAAUCAAGAACUUAGGCAUGGAGACUGUUUCUACAAACAUUUGUGAAAGAAUGGCUGCUCUCUGUGAUUCCCAGUGUGGAACUGUCAUAGGAUGCCAUCAGUGCAACAAAUCCAGUUGUGAAAUUUCCUCACUCCUAAAUAUUCCAAAGUCAAUUUUAUUAUAAGAAAAAUGAAGAGUUUGGGAACAACAGCAACUCAGCCACCAAGUGGUAGGCCACGUAAACUGACAGAGAGGGGUCAGUGGAUGCUGAAGCGCAUAGUGCAAAGACUUUCUGCACAGUCAGUUGCUACAGAGCUCCAAACUUCAUGUGACCUUACAAUUAGCCCACAUACAGUACGCAGAGAGCUUCAUGGAAUGGAUUUCCAUGGCCAAGCAGCUGCAUCUAAGCCAUACAUCAUCAAGUCCAAUGCAAAGCGUGGGAUGCAGUGGUGUAAAGCACGUCGCCACUGGACUCUAGAGCAGUGGAGACGCCUUCUCUGGACUGAUGAAUCACGCUUUUCCAUCUGGCAAUCUGAUGGACGAGUCUGGAGUCUGAAGGCUGCCAGGAGAAGGCUACAUUUCGGACUGCAUUGUGCCGAGUGUGAAAUUUGGUGGAGGAGGAAUUAUGGUGUGGGGUUGUUUUUCAGGAGUUGGGCUUGGCCCCUUAGUUCCAGUGAAAGGAACUUUGGACGCUCCAGGAUACCAAAACAUUUUGGACAAUUCCAUGGGAUGGCACUUCAAGUGCAUAUGGCA